AUGGUGUACUACGCGCUGUUGGUGGGCGCGGAGCUGGACGGCCUCACCAACCUGCAGCCCCGCCGCGGCUGCGACGACCCCAACUUCCCCUACUACCUCAAGCUCAAGUGCGAGAACUGCGGGGAGGUCACCGCCAAGUCCACCUACGUCACCCUCAGCGAGCAAGUCGACCUGCCCAAAGGACACGGCACCGCUCACCUCGUCCAGAAGUGCAAGCUUUGUGGGAGAGAUGGAACAAUUGUGAUGAUUCCUGGUCAUGGGACGCCACUUACUAUUGAGCGGAGCCAGAAAGAAGAGGAGACUUGUUUGAUGGUGUUUGACUGCAGAGGCUAUGAACCUGUUGAGUUUUCUUUUGGUGCUGGCUGGAAGGCUGAAUCUGUGCAUGGGACUCCUUUUGAAAUUGACUGCUCUGAAGGUGAAUUUUCUGAGUAUGAUGAGAAGGGAGAGUGCCCCGUUGAGCUAAGCAAGCUGCAGUCAACAUUCAAAGUGGUGAAGAAGUCUGAGAAGGGUGGCAAGACUAAAUUUGUCUAG